AACCAAUCAGAUUGCAUGUAAACUAUCACCCGUGGUUCAUGUGUGAGACUUCCACUAGUGGGUGUGGGUGCUUAACGUGAGUGCUUAGCUGUUUGGACGAGAGUCGACUAAAUUAAACAGUUCCUCGUUGAGGACAACGAUCUAUUCAGUAAUGUGUGGAUAGGUCUACUUGUAUAGCUAGUGCACUAUUCAUCCGUCCUUCACAUCGCUUUAGAUUUCCUCCACCAGUAUUUACCCACUCCCUAACAGUGACUCGCCAGCUAUCGUGACGACUGGCAUUCCCCGUGGUAUCCAGACCCAGCCAGGAACAUGACCAUGUUCAGCACGGGCAUCCUUGUGCUGACGUCUCCUCUCCACACCCUCCCAUUGCGCAUCGCUCCAGUGCUCAGCUCAGCUGCUCAGCUUGUAGAGCGCACACUGUACGUCCACCUCCACCCUGGGCUAAACCUGGGAAGUGGGAGCCAGCCUCGACCAGUUUUCAUUCCACCAGUAGUGGACCUGUCUGCACUCAUUACCCGCCUUUACAGCAAUGCAGCUGAUGUAUGUGGGCACCUGGAUGUUCGUGUUUUGCUGACCAAUGUUCGCGCUCAGUCAGCUGCCUGCAGCGGGACCACAAUCCCAAACUGCCCCUUCCCCACACCACAAUCUCUGUGUCACUCCCCGGAGGUGGUGCUAACAGACUUUCCUUUGCAGGACCCGGGUCAGUCCCAUCAGGUUACACAGUGUCUGCAGAGGUACACAGGCCACUGCUACGUCUGUAGCCCCAGCCUGCAGUCAGUGCUGCUUCAUCCACAGCUAAUGAGGCUGCAGGAGAAAGAGGAAGGGCUGAAAGAGUCUGAAGAAAAGGCAGAACCCUUGGAGACCUACAGUGACGUGGUGGUAGGGGGGACAUUUGACCGGCUCCAUGGGGCCCACAAGACACUGCUCAACAUCUCAUGCCUGUUAGCCAAUAGAAGGUUCCUCAUUGGUGUGUGUGACCAAGCAAUGCUGAAAAAAGGCAGCACCCCUAGACGGCCCCUGAAAUCCAUUUUUUUCCCGGCUUUAGAAAAAGUGCUAAAGGAGCUGGUCGAGCCGUACUCUUUGCGGACCCAGAGAUUACAAGAGUUCGUGGAAGACAUCAAACCCUCACUGCAGGUUGAGAUUGUGCCCCUUGACGACCCCUAUGGAGUGUCUGUGGUUGACCCCUUGCUGGAGUGCAUUGUGGUUAGCGAGGAGACUAGAAAGGGAGGCUUGGCUGUCAACAAGAAACGCAUUGAGAACGGCCUCCCGGCUCUCGUCCUCCAUGAGAUCCAGUUGUUGAAAGAUGCACACCACACGGAGACAGAGGAGGAGAAGAUCAGCUCCUCCAGUCUACGCUCUCGUCUGCUGGGCACCCUCCUUACCCCGCCUAAAGAUGCAUCCCAUAUCGCUCCACUUCCAUACGUGAUUGGCCUGACAGGAGGCAGCGGCAGUGGAAAGAGCUCCAUCGCCAGACAGUUGGAGGCUUUGGGUGCUGUCCGGAUCGACUGUGACAAGCUGGGCCAUGAGGUGUACCAGCCCGGCACUGCAGCCUAUCACAGAGUGCUUGAAGAAUUUGGGUCAGAUCUUCUGAAUGGAGACAAAACCAUCAACAGACGUGUAUUAGGAAGGAAGGUUUUUGGAAACCAGGAGCGGUUAAAAGCCCUAACAGACAUUGUAUGGCCUGAGAUUGCACUUCUGGUUAAGAACAGAAUCAGCCAAGCCAGAGAGGAAGGGAAACAAGUUUGUGUGUUGGAUGCAGCAGUUCUUCUGGAGGCCGGCUGGACCGACAUGGUCCAUGAAGUCUGGGUCACUGUCAUCCCCGAGGAGGAGGCAGUGUUAAGGAUAACAGAGCGAGACAGUGUGACCCCAGAGGAUGCCCUGCGCCGGCUGCAGAGUCAGUGGUCCAACAGCAAGCAAGUAAGGCACGCCAACGUGGUGCUCAGCACGCUGUGGGAGCCAGAGGUUACUCGGAAACAGGUACUAAAAGCUUGGAAUCUUCUUCAGAAGAGAAUCCAACACAGGCAAGAGAGACAUGCAUUGGUCACUACAUCAUCCCAGCUGUGACCCCGUGCAGACAGAAAAAGCAUGUGUCAGGCCCAGGGACAUGUGCGCACUAAUGACUGAUCCACAUAAUGAAACGCUGCCUGAGAAACAAAUGAGGACUGUGCCAUUGGAGCAAACCCAACAACCACUCUCACUUCUUUGACCAAGACUCUGUGCCUAAAUGAGUUUCCACACGUUUUUAAAAUCUAGUCAUAAUUUAAGAUGCUUAGUCUAAAGAUGGAUGAGGACAACGAGAACUUUAUAAAUGAUCCCGAACAAAAUGAUUUUGGAAUUUGAAAGGUGGAAUUCAUGUUUGGGAUUAAUAAAGUGAUAUUUCAUUCAAAUAUAUUUUUAUGUUUGGUAUGCCUUUUAAAAAGGUACUUUUGUUUAAAUGGUAUGCUAAACAUUCAGCAAUCCCAGAUCAUUUUAAGGCCUAACCUCUCAGCAAAGUCUAAUAUUUUGGGCACCAUGUCAGCUGAUGACACAACUUCUGUCCCUUUUUCUGUCUUCUAAGUAUAAUGAAUAUUAUUGUAGCUUGGAAAGCAACUAAUGGUAAGGGAAAGGUGAGGUACGAUUGUUGAAGGAUUGUAUGAUUGCCACUGUUUAAUCAUAGAAUAAAAUGUAGUGUUAUUUGUGGUUUCAGAGGUGGGAGAAUAUUUUAACAAAUUAGCUAUCAUUAUCAAAUGAGACAUUAUUAACUACCCAACAAUGUACAUUGUAUUUGAGAAAUAUGUGCGAGAGAUAUGAUAUGUUGUACUGCCAGUGUAGACGUUGAAAUACACUGGGCACUCAAAAAGAUGAUAAUCAAACAUGUACAUUGACUAAUAAAAAAUAUCUUUGAAAUAUAAUUUAAUAAAGGGUGAUAAAAUCUCGAAUUGCAAUCUAAGAAUGAGCUCACCUGAACAUUACGUCUCUGAACGUACCUGAAAAAGCCAAAAGGAACAGCACAGUGAGCAUGAUGUGUUUAGCUAAUGGUAAAUUGUCAGAUCCUACAAAGAAAUUAUAAACCAAUGUUUAAAUAAGGAGCAGGAAAUACAGCUUCAUUGCUUUAGCCAUACCUUAAUAUUACAGUACAAGGAUUGCCUGGGGAAGUCUGAGGUGUCAUUUGGUCAUACAGUUUGUGAAAUUUAAAUCUUGCAUGUAACCUAGAAACUCAAUGGAAUACUUUUAAGAAUUAGCUUUACAUUAAAUAUAUUGUUUUU